AUGGUUUCUAUUCCUCACGACAUGCAGACCCAGGCUGACAACCAACGCAAUGGCGUGCAACCUGACCUUGAUAUCACUACGAGUGGCUCUGCAACUCCAACGGAGACUACAGUAGCAUCUGAAGCUACUUCCGUCACUGAAUCAGGAAACGAAAUUGAUGGACAUGCACUUGCUUUAGAUAUGCAACAACGCUGUCGGCUUUUACUCGAUGAAUUAGAGCAAUUUCAGGCCUUUUUGAAGGAGGAAGGCAAAGAGCACUCUGCGGAACUAAGGGCUUUGAAGACCGAAGUUCAGUCCGAGAUGAAAGUCCUAGACAAGAUUGCAAAAGUCCCUUCCAAUCCCAGAAGUAUACAGUCCUUACACUCCUCGAAUCUCUCGUUCUUCACGGCCGUUUGGGAUACCGCGAAAAAAUGUUCCGGGAUUUUGGCGCUGAGACGUUAUUUUUACUGGCAUGGCCGAAAACCUCAUAUCAAUGGCAGGGCUUCAACAUCCGCAUUAGAUCGCAAAAAACGUAGUGCAGUGGUUGAUAUUGUUUGCCAAGAUGGCUUGGAAUUCGUCAAAGUGUCUACAAUUCUUGAGAAAAGGAUCAUUUGGGAUCUAGCAAAGGCUGGCUGGGUGGGGAGCGACUCGAGCGAGGAAAUGGAGCAAAGCGAUGACGACGACGGGCCCGAAGGUAUUUUAAAGCAAGCUGAAGGUCUAUUGAAAGCUUCCCGAGAAACAAGAGUCAGAUACCGCCAUCCCAUAGUUCGUCUGGUUUUCACAAGAAUAUCACGUACACCCCAGUCCAAAGAGGUUGCCCGAAUCCUCCAGCAAAUAAGGAAUAUGGGUAUCAUUGUGCAGACCUCAGAAGAUAUACUUGACUCUCCUCCAGUGGCAGAUGUUCUUGAUCGUCUGGCUCCAGGGAGUUGCUAUUCUCUAACCAAUGUUCUAAAUCUGGAUUGCACUGUUCUACUCGCCUUUGUCAGUGACCUGUCUCAUGGACAAGUUGAGCCACAAGAUUGGCACAACGAAAUGAUAUCGACACAGAGAGCCAUGGAAGCCAAAAAGCCACUUCUUCCGAACAAAUUAUGGCCCGUUUGCACGUCCAGGAAGCUAGUUUGCACCAAAGAAGCAGCAACUAGAAUGCAAGAAAUUGCGAGAAUUAUUGGUACCCCAGCAGAGAAACGCAGGACGGCAUUGCUCUUGGGUCUCGAUGGCACUUCUGAAAUGACUAAUAAGCAAAUCCUGGAAGAGUUUAAAACGCUUACAGAAUACAAAAUACCUGCAGAUUGGCGUUUACCAGUCGAAGUGGUUGAUGUGGAUUUCACAGCCCUCAAGUCAACUCUUCCCCCUAGUGUUGAGAAGGUAUCUGAAGCUCUGUCUGACAUGAAUCGGUCAGUAUUCCUUUAUGGAUGGGCGAGUGGCUUCACAACUCUCAGCAGUAAUCGUGCUGUGGCAAAGGAGAUCGAAUCUAUCAUCGAAGAAAAUCGAAUGUCUGAUGAAGUGGGACCUGACAUUUGGCCAUGUUCUUUGCGGUCACUUGUUGGGAAAGAGAAAGAAAGAAGGGGAGCGCAGGACAUGCUUCCAGUCGGUAAGUAG